AUGAAGUCGAAGCAAUCUCCAAAACCAGCUCUCGUGGCACCACGUCGGUCUGCAAGACUGGCUGGCAUUGCCAAUCCUCCAAAUUACAAGGUUACCAAAACCAGCAAGAAGCAAGCCAAACCCUUCACACGUAAAGGGAAGCACGGUACUCACCAGGGCGUCAAUGUCACGAAGGAUCAAAUGAAAGAGUCUGUUGAGCCAAUGGAUAUGUCUCCGGUGUCAGCCCUCGAGCUUCCCUCCGAAGUCUGGCAGACAAUCGUUGGGUAUGUAGACGACACGGACGCCCCAGGCGACCUUCGGAAUCUCCGAAGCACAUGCAAGAGAGUCUCCGAGUUGUGCGAGCCAGCAUUUUGUGAGACCCUCCACGGCAACGCGCUCGCGACCCAUGAACUCAUUCUCGCAAAACAUCAGGAACGACAAGACCUUGUGCAGAGAUUCAUUACACAUAGGCAACAUUUGCUGGACCGCUCUUGGGUGCAAAUGUUCACGUGUAUCCCCCGGCUUCGCAACCUCAAAGUCCUACACCAAUCAGCUUUUACCGAGCUACGUGAAUGCACACUGUCCCCGGUAGACUACCAUCCGAUCAGAGUUGCUCAUGUUCUGAAGGCGCCGAAACUGACAAGCCUAACAGUUGCUCAUCCUCUUCUAGACGAGCAAGGCGAACGAUUACCAGCACCCGGCUCUCUGCCGUUGAAACACCUCACGCUGCUGGUAAAUCCUCGAAAGGCUCUCCAGACUGUUCUCUCUCUCCUGAAACUUCCCAAAGCGCUGGAGACUCUGUCGUUUGACGACAGCCGAGCGCCAAUGGUGCGGGCCGGGGAAGGAAUACUGCAUGAGGUACUACCAACCCUGGCGGAGUAUCAAGGCAACCUAACGACUCUCAAGGUGUUUGCAACUACCCCUCAAGUGCUAUCGGAAGACAGUCUCAAUGGUCUGCUUGAUUUCACUGUACUAAAGCGCCUCAAGGUGCUUAGCUUCUGUGGCCAUGACAAUUACCCGGUCAAUUGUUUCUUCAAGCUACCAGAAGGGCUCAGAAGUCUUCGGUUCAAUGGGAUGUUGGCAAUGUCAUCGCUUACUGAGAAGUUGUUGAGUCAGUCUUCUGCCCCAGGCUUCACGUGUCCUCGUCACGUCGAUGUCAAUAUUGAUUACAACGUCUUCGAAGAUUUUAUGUUCGACGGAGGGCUCUUGCUACGACCACUUUCGAAAAAUGGCCAAGAGGACCUUGACAGACAUCUGCAUGGUAUUAACUUGUUCAUGACCAAUCUCCCUUGUGAACAGUUCACUUGGGUCGAGAGAUUCUGCUCGAUUGAGAGACAGUUACAAGCAACCAAGACAGGCUCAGAAGCCAUGCCGCCAUAUGCAUACGUACUACGGGAAGAGAUCCGCGAGGUUUCGUUCGAACGGGAUGAUCGGGUGAACAGGUACGGGCACAACGACCUUUCGCUAUUCCACGGAUGCUGUGCUCACCACUAUCGGAAUUUUUAG